CCGAGUCAUUCGGUGCUCUUUCUCGAGGUAUUUUACGUACAAGUGUCCUAUCAAGAGUGUUCCAACAAUUUUCCUCGUUAUGUGAACGCUAUUCGUAUACGUACAUGAACGUAUAUACACUAGCGCGUGCGCGCAAACGUGCACUUUCUUUAAGUUUUAACACGUUGUUACAUAUUUAUUUUGCAUAUUUCUUGUACGUGACUUUGGUCCUCUGAACAUCGUGAAAAAUAGAUGUGCACGUACGUGAAUUUUACAAACUUAUUCGCUACGCCUAGGAUCGGAAGAUUUAAAGUGACGUCAAAGAGGAUGCAAAUUUCUAUUCUUUGCAAAUUUUCAUUCUCAUUUUGAUCUAUCUACAACGAAUUGAAUGAGUUUCGUGCAAUGGCAAAUUCAACAUCGAUCGAGUUAGUGGCAUACAAGAAUAAAAUCAAAGAUUUGAGAAUGACGCAGGAAAUAAAGACGACGAUGUAUAUCGCGCUUAAGACGAGUCGUUUGUAGCUUUUGUACUUUUAUCUUGAAACUGGAACGCGUCGAUAGAAUUUGACUAAAUGUCGACGAAGGCAGAAGGACCAUCAUCUCCAAGACAAUUCUUCGCGCGAAUUUAUGGACACCUCGAAGCGAAAAAGGUCGAUGAUACCGAUAAUGAUCACGAAGAAACACCUAAACCGAAAUCAAGUUUCGACUUUACUUCGAAUAUACUUCUAUACAACAGAAACACGUUAGAUGCGGACAAUUCGUGCAAUUCUUCGAACGAUGAUGUUAUACAAGUAAUGGGCAUAAAAGAAAGAUCCACGGAACGAGGCGGGAAACAGAAUAGCAAUGAAACGAACGCGUUAACGAAUGACAAGGAGAAGAACUCGAAUUUCUUUAAUUUAAGAUUACCAUUGUUUCACGAACUUCAUCAAUCCGGACCUACUAAUAAUCCUGUAUUUUUAUCUCAAGUUGCAUAUCCGUCUGCGCUUCCGCCGCAUUUUCAUAAUUUACCAUAUUUCCCAACUUCCGAACACCAUUUGCAAGGAUUCUCAGCUUUCUUAGCUCGGAAAAGGAGGAAAGAGGGACGACCACGAAGGCAAAGGACCACUUUCAGCGGGGAACAAACAUUGAGAUUGGAAGUUGAAUAUCGUAGAGGGGAAUAUAUUUCUAGAGGACGAAGAUUUGAGCUUGCUACAUCUUUACAUCUUACAGAAACGCAGAUAAAAAUUUGGUUCCAAAAUCGUCGUGCAAAAGAUAAAAGGAUAGAGAAGGCGCAACUUGAUCAAUAUUAUCGAAACUUCGCAAUUUCCAGUGGAAUGAUAAAUUUGCCAAUUUAUGGUAGAAGUGGAUUCUGUGAAUUCUGUUUUUAUAAAAAGACUUUUGGAUCUGCAAGCAGUCACUCCUGUACUUCGACGAGUCCUGUUACCGGAACUUUUACAAAACCGCAAUGUAAUGAAAGUGAAAUAUCAGAUAGUAGAUCAAAUGUACUAUUUUCUGUUUGAAGUUCGAAAAACUAAAUUUUCUACUACAAGCUAUUAACAAAUAUGUAUUAAGCUUCAAUAGAACUUAUUAUAUUUGUGUUUUAUAAAUAAGUUACAUUAAAUAAUUGUAACGAUUUUAAGAAUUAAUGCAUUAUUUUGUGCAAAUCCGAUAUUAAACUUAAUAUUUUAAAUUUAAAACAAUUGCAAUCCAUUGUAAAAAGAUUAGUAGCAAAUAUGCUAAAAAAUUUGCAAAAAUAGAAAAUCCUAGUAUUGUUAAAGAAUUUUAACAAUUCAGAUAUAAAUUAAUAUACAGUAAUAAAAUGUGUAUAAUACAAGCGAUUUAACAGAUAACAAUAUAUUAAUUCAAAUAAUCUUUAAAUGCGUUGAAUUGCACAUUAAAAUACUAUCUUUUUAUACAUAUACUGGCGACAUAUAGCAUAUUGCUACGUAUUAUUAAAUGGUCAUUUAAAAUGUAACUGUAAUUUGUAACAAUAAAUAAUAGUAAUACAAACAAUUACAAAUUGUAAUAUUUUCUCAUUAUUUCA